UCAAGAACUGGAAGCACCGAAGACUGGUCAUUUCCAAAGCCAAACGAACAUUCCCCACCCAUUGAGAUGCCUGUUGCUGCGACCAACUCCGAGACAGCCAUGCAACAAGUCCUGGACAACCUGAGUGACCUCCCCAACAUGGGAGCAGGAGACCUGGACCUCAUCUUUCUCCGUGGCCUCAUGGAGAGUCCAAUAGUAAGAUCAUUGGCUAAGGCUCACGAGCGUCUGGAGGAAACAAAGCUGGAAGCCGUGAGGGACAAUAAUUUGGAGCUGGUCCAGGAGAUACUCAAAGACAUCUCGCGCAUUGCUCAGCAAGACAACACGGCAGCUGAAUUGGCUCACAUCCUGCAGGAACCUCACUUCCAGUCCCUCCUGGAGACUCACGAUUCCGUCGCCUCCAAGAGUUAUGAGACUCCGCCCCCCAGUCCUGUGCUGGACCCUCUGUUCAACAACCAGCCAGUACCACCGGAUGCUGUGCGCAUGGUGGGGAUUCGGAAGACCGCUGGGGAACACCUGGGUGUGACAUUCCGGGUGGAACGGGGCGAGUUGGUCAUCGCCCGUAUCCUGCACGGCGGCAUGAUUGACCAGCAGGGGCUUCUGCAUGUGGGUGACAUCAUCAAGGAGGUGAACGGGCAGGAGGUGGGCAGUGACCCGCGGGGGCUCCAGGAGGUGCUGAAGAAUGCCAGUGGAAGCGUCGUACUCAAGAUCCUGCCAAGUUACCAGGAGCCACAUCCCCCACGCCAGGUCUUUGUGAAAGCCCACUUCGACUAUGACCCGGGCACCGACAAUCUCAUCCCUUGCAAAGAGGCUGGACUAAAGUUCAUCGCUGGAGACCUUCUUCAGAUCGUCAACCAGGAUGACCCCAACUGGUGGCAGGCCUGCCACGUGGAAGGCGGAAGCGCAGGGCUCAUCCCCAGCCAGCUGCUGGAGGAGAAGCGCAAAGCUUUUGUGAAGCGCGACCUUGAAGUCACACCAUCAUCAGGUGCCUUGUGUGGAAGCCUCAGCGGGAAGAAGAAGAAGAGGAUGAUGUAUCUGACCACAAAAAAUGCAGAGUUUGACCGCCAUGAACUCUUGAUCUACGAAGAGGUGGCACGCAUGCCUCCGUUCCGCAGGAAAACGUUGGUGCUCAUUGGCGCCCAGGGGGUUGGCCGACGCAGUCUUAAGAACAAGCUGAUCAUGUCUGACCCGUCUCAGUAUGGAACCACCAUCCCAUAUACUUCCCGAAGGCCCAAGGAGCACGAGCAGACAGGGCAGGUGUAUUGCUUUGUGACGAGGAAUGAGAUGGAGGUGGACAUCAAAGGAGGUCGCUACCUGGAACACGGCGAGUACGAGGGGAACCUCUACGGGACCAAGAUUGACUCCAUCCAUGAAGUCAUCGAGUCAGGCAAGAUGUGCAUUCUGGAUGUCAACCCACAAGCCGUGAAGGUUUUGAGGACUGCUGAGUUCGUCCCCUAUGUGGUGUUCAUCGAAGCGCCAGAUUUCGACACGCUACGGGCCAUGAACAAGGCAGCUCUGGAGAGUGGCGUGGCUACCAAGCAACUGAUGGACGCCGACCUGAAACGGACGGUGGACGAGAGCUGCCGGAUCCAGCGAGGCUACGGGCAUUACUUCGACCUCUGCUUGGUCAACGACAACAUGGAACGGACAUUCCAGCAGCUGCAGCAGGCCCUGGAGAAGCUGCACAGUGAACCGCAGUGGGUUCCCGUCAGCUGGGUGUACUAG